AUGCUUUUCGAUACUUCCUGCUCAUCAUCAUUAUCUCAAUCAUCUUCACCAUCAUUAUUGUCAUUAUCACUAUCAUCAUCUUCAUCAUCACCAUCAUCGCCAUCAACGUUUUUUUUUACAAAAGCUGCACAAACUCGUGCUAAUAUUUCAGCCAUGCAAAGUGCAGUAAAUUUGAGCAGAGAGCCAUCACUGACCUUUUCUAAGGUGUCAACAUUUAUGUCAUCCAGUGGAGAUGAAUGUGAUGAUUUGACAAUACCUCUUGACUCAAUUAAUAAUGAUUUGAUUUGUAAUGGAUGUGGGUUUCAGAUCAAAGAAAAACACUUCAUGAAGGUAGAUGACAGAUGUUGGCAUGAACAUUGUUUAGUGUGCUAUAGAUGCAGGUUUACAUUACAUGGUUCAACUUGUUACACUCGUGAUGGACAGAUUUACUGUAAACAAGACUAUAAUAUGUAA